CUGAUGUGCAGCACUCUGAUCUGGAUCAAAGCUUCCUUGUGGUGAGCGUGCAUUUCCGCUGGAAUGUAAUGAAGAUCCAAAGCAGGGAAGUGAUGGAGUCCAACAGCUGCCCAAGCUUCAGCCAGCAGCCAGUACACUGUCAGCCCCCGAGGAGCCUGAAGGUCAGCAUUGACGACAGCUCUUUCAUUGUGGAUAAAACCAUUCUGUCUGAGAACUGCGAGUACUUCAGAGCGUUGUUCCAGUCAGGAAUGAGAGAGUGCCAACAGGAAGAGAUCCACCUGCAGUGUGUGGGGGUCCUGGGCUUUCUGGUCAUGCUGCGGGUCCUGGGCGGGGAGCGCCCCGUGCUGAGCAGCGACCAGAUCGUGGAAGCCAUCAAGUGUACGGCUUUUCUGCAGGUGCCGGCUCUCACCGAGCACUUGGUCAAUAUCGUCAAUUCUGAAAACUGCCUGCUCAUGUACCACACGGCUGCUACCUACGGCGUGUGGGAGCUCUCCCACGGUUCAGCCUUAUUCAUCAGAGAUAUGUACACUGACCUGAAGGUGGAAGUUCACACCUUACCAAAGAAGCUGGUAGAGUACAUAGAGUCCCUUCUCCCGAGUAGCUACAUGGCAGUAUGCAGCCACUCGCCGUCCACCGAGCGGCUGCAGGAUCUCCAGAGGACCGUCUGCUACCUGGACGAAGAUCACAGCGAGUGGAAGGUCCUGACUCAUCUUCCUGUGACCACGAGCACCACGAUGGCCGGCGUGGCCGUCCUGGACAACAAACUCUACAUUAUCGGAGGAGUACAUGAUAUCAGCAAGAAGGUAGUGGACAAAGGUUUCUGUUACAACCCCGCAGCGAACACAUGGUCCACCAUCUGUGGCUCCCAGCAGCAACGCUACAACUUCACUCUGAUAGGCCACGAGGGCUGCCUCUACGCCAUAGGAGGUGAGUUCAACAUGAAGGUCCUGUCGUCUGUUGAGAGAUACAGGGUGUCUAGUGGGAGCUGGGGGUUUGUCUCCCCCCUCCCCUGCCCUGCAGCCUUGGUAGUGUCUGCUGUGGCCAUGAACAGGAUCUUUAUUUGUCUCUGGAGAGGUAAGGGGGCCACAGAUAUACACCAGUACGUGUCUGAACGGGAUCAGUGGCUUCUGGUCACCACGCUCAUCCGUGAGCACAGUUAUGGUCUUUACAUGGUGGCCCAUAAAGAUAAUCUGUAUGUGAUGCGCAAUGGACCCUGUGAUGACUUCUUACUGUGUGUGAUGGACUGCUACAACCUGAGCUCAGGCCAGUGGACGGCCAUGUCUGGCCAGUACGGGAACAGCAAAGGCUCUCUGUUGACUGCUGUGGUCAGAGGAGACUCUGUGUUCACACUCAGCCGGCAGGUGACCACAGAGUAUACUGUAGAGGAUUACAAAUGGAGAGUGAAGCGAGAGAUGAAAGGUUUUGGCAGGAUUGGAUCCAUAUAUACAUUUCUGAUGAGGCUGCCUAGAGCCUGCGUCUCCCCCAUGGGAAACUCUGUGGAUCAGGACCAGAACGUCAGCGACUUCCCCACAUUCUCCCCACAAUGCUCGGAUAACCUGUAAGAGCUGCUGAGAGAGCUCGUCCUGGAACAUGCACCUUAUUUUCAUUACUUUAAAGAAAUGUAUUGGAAAGAGGGAAAAAAAGGGGAAGAAUAAAUGUACGACCCUAACUCUGUUGUAAGUUUACGGUUUACAGAUCGACUUCCUGCUUGGACCUGCUGUACUCUCUGUAUUCACAGUUUCCGUAGAAUGAGGGGUUCAUCUUUAUGUAAUCUGCUAAACUGUUGACUUGUUUACAUCCAACUGCUCGUACAUCAUCAUAGGAAUAUCACAGAGUUUGCAGAUCACACAGCAAUGAUUUGGUAAUGUUGAGUUUAUGUUUGUGGGAACCGGUCCCUGAUGGACGCUGCUCCUGUUUUCUCAGAAAACAAGUCGAAUCCCAGAUGUUCCCAGGCAGGUUCAUUCCAGGGAACAAGGUCGAAUGAGGCCAGAACACAGAAAAAAGAGUUCAAUAACAAUAGGAACCUGCAAGUAGCAUUCAUGAAUGAUAAUUAAAGAAAAAACACUGCCGUAGUGAAUUUUUACAACGCUUUUAAUAAAUCUGUCACAAUCACAACUACUCAGAUCACUUGGGACCGUUACACAGAUAAGUUCAGUCACUUUCAGACACAAUGUUAAUAAACACAGGAAUACAAAUGUGCAAUAUGGCCUCAUCAUCAUCUUCCUCAUCAUUAACAACAUCAUCAACACC